AUGCAAGUUUUCAUUAAAGAACCAUCCAAACAUUCACAUGCACCUGAUCCAGAUCGACUUCACAUAAUUCGACUUAAAAAUGAGAUUAAACUUCGUGGUACAUCAUCAGAUGAAGCACCAAGUACAAUCUUAUUUGAUGUAUUACGUUCAACACCAUUGACAGCAGCACCUGGUUUACCUACGAAUGAUGCAUUAUUGCAAACAAUUCGUCGUGAACGACCAGCUAUACAACUUGAUCAUCAUGGUCGUUUACCUCUAAUAUUACGACAAACUGAUCGCGGUGAAAGCUUCAUCUUGUAUGAAGAUGAUUCUAUGGUUAUAUUUACAUGUGAUAAAAAUCUUUCGAUUUGUCCCAACAGUUAUUAUCAAUUAUUUACUGUUCAUGGAAUGUAUUCACUUCAAAUUAUUCCUUUUGUAUAUGUUUUACUUAUUGGAAAAAAUACUAAUGAUUAUAAUAGUCUUUUUGAACAGCUCUUAUUGCACUAUGAUUAUGAACCCGAGUCUGUUUUAGUUGAUUUUGAGAGUGCUACUCUUAAAUCAACCAAGACAAUGUUUCCCGAAGCUAUUCAGAUAGGUUGUCUAUUUCACUUUGGACAGUGCUUGUGGCGAGAAGUACAAUCAUUAGGUUUACAAAAUAAAUACACGAAUGAUGAUAAAUUUCGUAUAAACGUAAAAAAACUAAUGGGACUUGCAUUUGUACCUGUUGAUGAUGUACUUAAAGCUUAUGCAUCUUUAGUUAAUGAUUUUGAUGAUGAAGAUUAUCUUUUACUUGAUUAUUGUGAACGAGUAUGGGUUGGUGAAAAGAAGGGAAGAGGUAGCCAACGUGGUAAACCAAGAUUUAGUUUACAAUUAUGGAAUAAUUAUGAUCGAGUUAUACAAGACUUGCCAAGAUCUAAUAAUGCCAUAGAGGGUUGGCAUCAUGCAUUCAAUAAUCGUGUAUCAAUCAAACAUCCUUCUAUAACUAAACUUGCAAAAUGUAUACUACGUGAACAAGCGAGAUUUGAAACAGAUAUUGAACGACUUCGUGCAGCCAAUUCUCUGCUUCAAAGUAUUGAUGAAACAGUUAAUCCUUGUGAUAAUUUUUAUCAAUUUGCUUGUGGCACAUGGAUAAAGAAUGCUCGAAUACCAGAUGAUGACUCGGUAAUAAGUGCUUUAUCAGGAGCCAAUAAGCAAUUGAACGAUCUUCUCAUGGACUUUCUCUCAUUAUCAUCAACAAACGAAACCAAUGAACUCAAUUCAAUAAUUAAUGCUCGUCGUCUAUAUAAGUCAUGCGUCAAUCAAGAAACGAUUGAAGCAGAUAGUGUUGAUUUUUUACUUUCAUUGAUUAAUAAUGAAUUUGGUGGAUGGCCAAUCUUACAAGGACCAAUAUGGAAUAAUUCAACAUUUAAUCUUUCGAAUUUAUUACUUAAAAUGGCUGAAUACAAUCUAAAUUCAAUCUAUGUGGUCAUGACGACAGUUGAUGAUAAAAAUUCAUCAAUGCAUGCUAUUGGAGUUGGUCAAGGUACUCUUGGUCUUGGUGAACGUCAACUUUAUGAAAGUGAAAGUGCUUUGACGAACAGUUAUCGACAAUGGAUACAAGAUUUGGCUUUAAUAUUGACCAAUGUGACAUCAAUGAUUGACAAUGAUGUCACUUCAAUAUUUGAAUUUGAAAAGAAAAUCGCGGAGUACUCUUUGACAACAGCCGAACAAAUUGCUCAUCAGAAAGAUAAUAUUCGAACAACUAUUGAUUUUAGCAAUUAUAUUCGUCGUGUCUAUGAGUUGGUCAAUGUUACUUUGAAUGACACAGAUCUUGUCAUCGUGGGUGAAAUUGAAUAUUUAAGGAAUGUGUCGAAAUUGAUCACUCAAUAUUCUUCACGAACUGUACGAAAUUACUUUAUUUGGAGUUUUAUGAUGAAAAUAAUUGACUAUAUGCCAAAACGAUAUCGAGCGACAAAACAACAAUUUACUCAAAUAUUGGAAGGCGCUGUUGCUGAAGUACCACGAUCUCUGACUUGUAGUUCAAAUGUUAAUUCUCUAAUGGGUUUUGCUUUAUCCAGACUCUAUGUUCCUAAAUACUUUGAUGAAAAAGCUCGUAAUGAGUACAAAUUCAACUCAUCUUAUAUUAGAAAUGGUUUGACUAUUGCGAAAUUAACAGCACGAAGUAAUUUUCGUCUCGUUCGUCAAUUUGUCGAUCGUCAAGUAUGGGUUAUGCCACCUACUAGACUCGAAGCUGCUUAUAACCCAUUUUAUAACUCGAUCUGUAUCGGAACUAUAAUUGGACAUGAAAUAACGCAUGGGUUCGAUACGAUUGGUCGACAAUUUGAUCGAAAUGGAAACCAAGUAUCUUGGUGGACAAAUCAAACAAUCGCUGCUUUUGAUAAACAAAACGAAUGUUUUAUUCAACAAUACAGUAAUUACACAGUACUCAGUCUGAAUCGCCAGGUCGAUGGUGCCUUAACAAUUAGUGAAAAUCUCGCUGACAAUGGUGGACUAAAAGAAGCUUUUUUUGCAUAUCGAAAGUGGGCUCAAGAGAAUCCAAAUGCUGAUAAGAAACUACCAGGUCUAAACAAAUACUCAAGAGAACAACUGUUAUUCAUAAACUAUGGACAAAUAUGGUGUGCAAAAAUAAGAGAUUCAUUUAUGAGCAAUUUUAUUUUGGCUGAUGUUCAUUCUCCUCCUCAGUUUAGAGUUAUUGGUUCAACAUCAAAUUUUGUUGAAUUCGAUCGUGCAUUCGGUUGUAAACCAGGUCAAUUAAAUAGUCGAGUGAACAAAUGUAUUCUUUGUACAAUUAUUCUUCGAAUGGCUGUUGUUAUAGAUGUUCCUAGUGAAUCGCUCAAUAGUGAAAAUAAGACUAGUAAAAAUUCACGAAUAGCACAAUUAUCCAUAAAUAAGAAAUCACAUAUCCGUGAGCAUCCAAUUAUGAAAGAAUUUGUUACAAGUGGUUUAAGUGUUUCUGUAGCAAAUGUUGUUACAUUACCGAUUGAUGUAUUAAAAGUACGUCUUCAAUUAGCUAAUGCAGCCAUGACAACAUCAAAAUCAUCUAUGAAAGCAGGUCUUAUAGAAACAACAAGAUUAAUUUAUCGUAAAGAGGGUAUUCGUGCAUUUUAUUCGGGUCUUAUGCCAGCCAUUGUUCGUGGACUUUUUUAUGGUGGUGUACGACUUGGUGCUUAUGGUCCAAUAAAAAAUAUGUUAAAACAUCUUGUUACAGAUGAUAAACAAGCAUCUAUAAAAUUUCUUCGUGAUAUAUCCGCUGCUUGUUUAUCAGGUUCAACAGCUGCUAUUGUAUCGAAUCCAGUUGAUUUAUGUAAAACAAAAUUACAAACAAAAAAUUCCAAAUAUACAUCAUCUUUUCAUGUAAUUAGAGAUGUUAUUCAACAAUAUGGAAUUAAAGGUUUAUGGGUUGGAACUGUACCAGCAGCAUUUCGAACAGCUGCUUUAACAGCUACACAAUGUGUAACUUAUGAUCAUGCUAAACGUUUUUGGAUACAAAUAACAGGUUGGGGUGAAGGUAUUAAAUUACAUUUAGGUGCUUCAUUGAUAACUGGACUUAUUACAACAACAGUUACAGCACCACUUGAUACAAUUAAGACAAAUAUGUAUGCAGCUGGUAGUUAUGGUGUUACUGAACUUACGAAUAAAAUUGUUAAUAAAGAAGGUUUUCGAGGAUUAUUACGUGGUUGGACAGCAGCAUAUGUACGUCUUGGACCUCAAACAGUCGUCAUAUUUCUUGUCAUGGAAAGAUUACGUCAAUUCUCUGCUAAAACUAAUGAUUUUAAUCCAUAUGAAGUUCUUGGUUUAACUCGCACAGCAUCAGAUAAAGAAAUUCGUCAAGCAUAUAAAAAAUUAGCAAGAUAUUGGCAUCCUGAUAAAAAUUCAGAACCCAAUGCACAUGAACAAUUCACAAAAAUCAAUGCAGCUUAUGAAAUUCUAUCGGAUUCAAUAAAACGACAAAACUAUGAUGAUUAUGGUACAACAUCUCAAGAUAAUCAUCGUGGUUUUAAUACAAAUCAUUUUCGUGAUCCAUAUGAUAUAUUUCGAGCACAUUUUGGUAGUGAUUUUAAUUUUUUUCAUGAAUCACCAUCUGGUGCAAAAAAAAUUAUUCAUUCACGUGAAUUUCUUCAUAAUAUUUUACCAAAUAGUGAUAAAAAACCAUAUGUUCUUUUUGGUAGUACAAAUUUUUGUUUACAUUGUCGUGAACCAUUAAUAAUAUUUCGUUCAUUGGAAAAACAAUUUAAUGAUGUUGGCAUUGGUACAGCAGAAUUCAAUACAAAUGAUCAACGUUUAAGUAAUGAAUUAGGUAUAUUAAAUGCUCCAUCAUUAUGUGUUAUUAGUCAACGUCGUGUUUAUCAUUUUAAUGAUCAUGGAAAAUCUAAUCAAUAUACAGAAACAAAUAUUAAAGAAUUUGUUCGAAAAUCAAUACCUAUUCAACGAUAUAUAAAAACAGUACGAACUUCUAAUGAUCUAUUAUCGCUCAUAUCAUCAUAUAAUGAAACAAAUCGAGUUCAUGCAAUAUUAAUAACUAAACAAAAAACACCAACACUUAAAUUUGUUAUACCUUGUUUACAACAUUUAACACGUAUACAAUGUGCUGUAUUAAAUUCAUCUAUGACAAUGACUAGUGAAAUACCAUCAUUUCUUAAACAAGUUUCAACUAUAACUGAUACAGUUUUAUUAUUUAAAGAAGAUAAAAAUCCAAUAGCUGUCCUUAAAGAUAAUGAUUUAACUUUUGUUAAUAUUCAAAAAUUAUUCGAAUCAAAUCAACUUUUACAUUUACCGACAAUUACAAGUUCGAAUGUAUUUAAUUUAGUUUGUCAAACAAAUUCUGCUAAACCCUGUUUUCUAAUUAUUGGUAAUGCAUUUCUUUUCGAACAAUAUCGAUCAUCUUUUUUAUUUCUUGCUAAACAAUUAUUUGAACAAUAUGGCUCACGUAUGGCAUAUCUUGAUUCAUCAUCAACCAAACAAAUAAGUUUUAGUCAAAUAUUUUCAUCAAUUUAUCAUCCUAAUGAUAAAAAAUUAGUUAUUGUUGUUAUUCGUCGAUGGUUUGAUGAUUCAAUUGAAUUAGUUAAUACCGAAGUAGAAUUUGAUGGAAAUUCUUUAAAUGAAUUUAAACGUAAUAAUUUAAAUAUGGUUGCUGAUAUUGAAGCAAAUUUAAAAUUAUAUUUAACAAUACGUUGGCAAAAUGCCAAAAAAUUUACAUUACCAACUAUAUUUGAUUUUGAUGAAAGAAACGAAAAUAUUUUUACAAUAAUUAUUAAUCAAAUUCAAGAUAAAUGGAAUUAUUGGUUUGAAAGAAAUCCAAUUUUUCGAUCUUUAUCAGGAUAUGCUUUUACAUAUCAAUUUUGCUUAUUUUUUCUUUCAAUUAUUUUCUAUUUAUGGUAUACAAAACAAGAUUCUGAUAGUAAUUUAAAUAAUCAUAUAAAACAAACGAGAAGAUCAUAUCCAUCUUCCACAACAACAAAUAAGAAAUCAAAUGAACUUUAUCGAGAACCAAAUAAUACAAUAAAAUUACAUGAAUUCAAUGAAUCUUUUCUUCAAUCUUAUACAAAUCCCAAUGCAUCAAAUGUUAUUAUAUUACUUCUUAUUGCUAAUACACCUGAUGAUUCGUGUAUUGCACAUUUUACUAGACAAAUUAGUUCAAUUAAUGAUUCUCGAAUGAUCUUUACUGUUCUUUAUCGUAAAUAUUCACCACGAUGGCUUAAUGAGCUUUAUGCAAAUAUAGAAGAUGAUCAAAAUCGUCAUUUAGUUCGAUUUAUUACAUCAACUGUACUUGCUCUAUAUAUACGACGAAAAUUUUUUGUACCUUAUGGACCAUUAUCAAAUAAAAAUGAUAAUGAUGAAAUAUUAGAUGAAAAUGGUGCUUUCAUUGGAAUGGAUAAUUAUCAUGAACGUUCAUCAUCAAUAUCAUCAAUAGAAUCUACAGCAUCAACAACGGAUUCAUUAUCAUUUUCUGAUUGGAUUGAUCUUCUAUUUGAUGGAAAUAUUAGAACACCUAUUUCUAUCACAGAAUGGCCCAUGUUAUUUCGUUGA